AUGAGUCUCGCCAAUGCGACUCCAUCACCAGCAGCAGGUCGCGACCUCUACUCCGCCAGCAAGGCCGGUGACCUGAGAGAGGUCGGUAGGAACGUCCUUCACUUGGCCAGUGCUGGUGGACACCUGGAGAUCGUGAAGCUGAUCGUGUCCCUGAACGUGGUGAACAUCAACGCCAGGAACAACGACGGGGAGACAGCGGCCGACUGGGCGAGACUUUGGACAUCAGCGAAAGUGGCGGAGUUCCUGGUGUCACGUGGUGGACACUGA